AUGUUCGUGUACAACUACCUGCUCGACUUCAAGAUGUGCGUGUACAACUACUCGAUCUACUUCAAGCCGCCGGUGCACACCUACAUGCUCGACUACACGAUGUUCGCGUUCAAGGAUGUCAAGUCAAGCGUGCCCAAGUCGACCUCGCGCAGCGCAAGCCGACUUCAUCCAAGGAAUCAAGCUCGACUCUUCGCCGACUUCAAUUCAAGAUCAAAGUCGUGUUCAAGCUCGCCUCUUCGCCCUCCCUCAAGGACCAAGUCGACUUCAGUGCAAGGACAAGCGCGUCUCUUCGCGACUUCUCCAAGGACAAUUCGCAAGUAC